AUUUUUGCUACUUUUUUAAGGCAAUAAAUCGAUAUGGAAUGUAACGAUAACCAUUAUUUAAGUUGAACAUUGUUAGAAACAGACCUACCAACACUAAUAAAGUUAUAAUGCAGUGGACAUCAAUCCUUGACAAUAUGGCGCCAUUUGGAUUUUUUCAAAAGACAUUUAUUGUGCUUGUUUUGUCGGUCCUUUUGCAAUACAUCUCUGUCUCGCAUGCCCAAUCUUUAACAGAGAUAUCUACUUUGAGCACACAAGAUGAAGCGGAAUCGACUUUAGAAAUCACUAAUGGAAGCUCUACACCCCCUACGACUUUGCCUCCAACUACAACGACGGAAAUGAUGAUCGCUGCUGACAGUUCUAAAUGUCCAGUUGUUAUUCUUACACCAGGAUUAAUUGGAGCUAACAUUGGAACAUCUGUAACAUAUAAAGCUGUUAUAGAAUCAUACUUUGAGGAAGCACUGGAGUCUAGAUGGUCAAGUUUAAAUCAAUCCAUUGAUAUAAACCAUCCAAAGUUUCUUGGCAGUAAAAAUAUUCCGUUUCCAGAGUUGGUGAUAAAUAAUGUCACAUUUGAGGACGAUGGUAUCUAUGAGAUCCAGGUUCGCAUAGAUGACGGAUGGUGCAUUAAUAUUGGGAAUAACGUUACUCUGGAUACAAUAGGAGUUUUAGACUUGGACGAUCCAUGCAAUAGUUCUAAAGAGUGUGAUCUACUAAAGAACUUGGUUUGUUCCUCGUCAUCUCAGAGCUGUGUCUGCAACAAUGAAUCAUACCAAAGAAAUCGGACAUGUUAUUUAAGAACCCGCUUAAGAGCUAUCUUCUCCUCUUCAAAGGCAACGACUUCUAAUAUAACAGUGUGGUGGAAUCAUCCUUACCAGGACGCUGACCUUGUUCAAUCAUACAACGUGUCACUCAGAGCAUAUGAUUCUUCAUACAACUUUCAAACUUCUGUAGAAUUGCAAACAAAUUACACCUUUGAAUCAUCUUUUCUACCAGGCUAUUUGUAUUAUUUUGAAAUAACAUCCGUCAUAUUUCUAAGCGACUCUGCGGAAACGAUAUUUGUGAAAACGGAUACUGUCAAUUUAGUCGUUGAUAUUUUACCUCCUCGCCCUUCUGACACAAAUGGUAGUUUAUUCCACCCACAGAUGCUUUUGCUAAAGUUGCCAAAAGAGAACUAUAAUGUGAAUUGGUAUGAUAUCACAAUAAACGGACAUUUAGAGUAUUAUGUGUAUUCGAUAGAGUACAAAUGGCCGAAACAUUUGGAGCCAGGCACGAAUUACACAAUACAGAUUGUGGCGUAUUGUUGGUGGUCGGAGAGUUAUAGAAGAACUUUUACAUAUAAUGGUUACAUAGAGACACAACGAGUCCCAAAAGUCACUUUCCCAAGUUCAGAGAUCAGUGUUUCAUUAUUUUCCAAAUUGGAGAUAAAUGCAACGGUUCACAACAUCUCUAAUAUCCCUUUUACGACUGCCGUAAAGUGGCAGAAAAACAAUGAAGAUAUCAAUAUCACGGACAGCAGAUACAUUGGAAGUACCAGUGAUUUAGUUGCCCCAAAACUUGUCAUCAGCAAGGUGGAAUACAACAAAGACCAUGGCCAAUAUUAUCGUUGUGUAGCAACCAAUUCUGAAGGAUCGUGGGUUGCCAGUGCAAGAAUAAAUGUACAUGAAAGUUUUGAAUUUUUGGAGUCGUGUAAUAGAAGUGAGCAAUGCAGUCCAGGAAAACACUUGACCUGUAAACAGUACAAAUGUCUCUGUGAAUAUGACUACUAUCACUUCAAUUCAACGUGUUAUGAGAGGUACGAUUUGCGAGGAGAUUUUAUUGUAGAGACCAACAAAUGCGAGGCAACUCUUAGAUGGAGGCAUCGAAUUGUUGACAUUCGUCUAAUGACGGAUUACCUUAUUAGAAUAUACUCACUACGCGAUAACCAGUGGUUCCUCGAAAACACAACGUCGGUAGGAGUUGUCGCCGAGUUUACCUACAGUCGGUGCAUUUUACGUCCCGGCCGUCUAUAUAUGUUUCAAAUUCGAUCAAAUGUGUCACUAACUGAGCCAUAUGAAACAUUUUACAUCAAUUCCUAUUCAAGGAAUAUAAUCUUAGAACCUCUACCACCAGGAAAAAUUGAUCGGAAGAAUAGCAUCUUCUCUCCAAAUCAAUUAAUGUUAAGAUGGAAACGAUCUGGUCACAAUACCUUUCUGAAUCACUAUAGAGUAGAGAUUGACGGCCAUCAGCAGCAGACCUUCGGUAGUAUCCCAAAGAUUUACUGGACAAGACAACUAACCCCUGGAACGAAAUAUAAUGUUACUAUAACUGCGGUGAGUUAUGGUGAUUUAUCUCAUGGAACCAGUUAUGGAACUAAAGAAAGUGAGCCAUUUGAGGAUUGGAUAGAAACAGAUACAGGUGAUAAAGACGGUUAUUCAUAUUUGUCAUUUGGACAGAGUGACAACUUGUUGAGAGGAGAUGACAACACAAGUGCAGCCCUCAAAUCUCCUAUUACUAUAUAUGCCGGAGAUGGCUUAGAAGCUGGUUUCAAUUUUGUUCGAAUUGGAUCUAAUGGCAUUAUGGGACUGGGAGAAGAGUUCAACAGCAUCUCAAUACAUGAUAUUGGUGCUGAUCAAAUUAAAAAUAGACGCAUCGUGUGUCCAUUUUGGUCAGAUUUAAAGGACGACAUUGGUUAUGUCUACUAUCAAACAUAUAAAAGAGGAGUUGACGCGGAGAACGAUUUAUUUCUGGGAAAAGCAAGCAAGAUAGUAAGCCUUCAGUUUGCAGAUCUUCCCGACUUUAUGGCUACUUGGCUUGUUAAGGCUACCUGGGUUAACAUGACACUUCUUGGUGCAACGUCGAAGACUGUAACAUUUCAGUGUCUUUUGAUCACGGAUGGGCAUAGUACAUUCACUGUCUUCAAUUAUAUUGAUGUCAAUCUUGAAUCGAUUGGAAACAAGAAAAUAACAAUUGGGUAUCAAUAUAAAAAGACAUCUGUGAAAAACCAAUAUUCGAACACAAAAAGGGUCUUCCAAAUGAGUGAAAUUCCAGGCAACAGAGGAGUUAACGGGUUCUGGAUAUAUAAAAUGACGACUGGUGUUCCAGUAAACAAAGAUGAAAAGAAAUGUUUCGACUGGUACAUCAGAAAUAAAGAGGAAAACAUAUACAACCAGUUGACGUCUGUUCAAAGUCCUAUUCUUUGUCCGUGUAACGGCAUUUUGCUAAGAUUUGACCCCCGUUAUAUUAGAAGUAGAUUUGACACGAUCAACCAAGUGCUUUGCUAUGCUACAAUGAUUGUUGGAAGAAAUACGGAAUGUUGUUAUCAGAUGCGUGGAUCUUUUGAUGAUGUGGGCACUUUAGAGCGUUCUCUGCCAUCCGCCGGAACUCUUUUGAAAAAUAAUCCGUUUUUUGAGCGACGUCUCUAUACCAUAGAAGACUUCAAUUCACGAGAGGCAUGCUGCAUCAAGACGAAACAAUGCAGUUUAUUUUAUGAAGUCCGUCCUAUUCCCCUGUGCUACCGACGAUCUCCUUUUAAUCCCGCACUGAAUUUCGGAGACCCACAUAUUGUGACACUGGAUGGCAAAAACUACACGUUCAAUGGGUACGGAGAGUACACAAUGUUAAAGAUAUCUAAAGACUCAGUACAAUUUGACCUCCAGGCAAGAACAGACCUAGCAACGACAGCCAACGGGACCAGUAUCAAUGCUACCAUAUUCAGUGCGUUUGUGGCAAAAGACCAGACGGGAUCAAAGUUACAGAUAGAAAUGUCUCGGGACAAGACAAAAAUGCUUGUAAGAGUCAAUGGUAGGGAUAUGACGAGAGAAUUUAGAAGUAAGUCUUAUGUUUUCUUCAAUCAUAAAUUGACUGUUCGGUGGGAAAACAGAACAUUAGCAGCAUCGUUCCUGCAAACAUCUAUAAUCCUUAGAGUGAGUUUGGGUGUGCGCUUUCUGAUAUCGGAAGUGGUUGUUGAUAACGCAUAUAGAGGUUGUGCAAAAGGAUUGAUGGGGAAUUUUGAUGGAAAUGCAACAAAUGAAUUUAUACUUCCCAAUGGAAUUUUGUUGGAUGGAAAUGCAACCAAGACAGAGAGAGAUAUUUACUUUAACUUUGGCCAAAAAUGGCUUGUGAAUGAAAAUUCACUGUUUUACUACGAGAAGGGAUUAUCAUACCAAAAUUUUACUCAUCCUAAGUUUCAACCCAUUUUCUUGGACGAAGUCGAUGAAAAUAAAUCAGAAAAUGCUAAAAAAAUAUGUGGCUCAAAUCCGUCAAAGGCAUGCAUUUUUGAUUACCUAGCAACGGGAGAUAUUGCACUUGCAGAAUCGUCUGGAAUAGAGGAAGCAUCUGCACAAUCGGAUAUAACAAUAAUCGAAAAUGAAUCGCCCAUUAUAACAGGCAAUGAUUCAAUCAAAGUUGAAGUCAAUAAGACUGUUUGUAUGCAAUUCAACGCCUCUGAUGACAGCAGUAAUCUGCCUAUAUAUAACCUUUUGAAGCAACCUCAGAAUUUCACUCUUAAUAAAACAACAGGAAUUGCCAAGUGGACGCCAGUCAGUGCAGCUGUAUCAGAAUUAAGUAUCAGCGUGAAAGAUGACGUUGGAGCUGAAUCGCCGUCUAUUGACGUCACAAUUGUACUUUGUAAGGGGUGUGGGAACAAUGGUAGAUGUAGUUUUGACAAUAUCAUAUCUUCCGAAAAUGACCGUUUCAGUUUGGCAGUUUGUGAGUGCGACAUCGGCUAUUCCGGUGAAAUUUGCGAAUUAGAUACCGACGCCUGCCUCAAUUAUCCAUGCCCUUUACAACGAAAUUGUACUGACCUAACACCGAAGGAGGAAAUCAGAUUCGGUCGGGGUUAUAAUUGCACUGAUUGUCCCAAGGGAUAUAACGAUAUAGAUAAUAAAUGUGAAGAUAUAAACGAAUGUGAAGAAAACAGAACAAAUGUCUGCAACACUCGGACAGAACGUUGUGAAAAUUCGGAAGGAAGUUACCUGUGUAUCUGUUUACCAGGCUUUAGAAAAGACAACGGCAUUUGUAAAGACAUUGACGAAUGUUUUGAAAAAACCUCCGGAUGCGAGCAAAUCUGUAAUAACACACUUGGAUCAUUUGAAUGCCUGUGUUUUCCGGGAUUUUCCCUAAAUAGUGCUACCGCUACUUGCUCCAUAAAUGCCGAAAACUCUUGCGACGGCGUUCCAAGAUUUUGUGAGUACACUUGUGAUCCAAUCGAGAAAAAAUGCCUUUGUCCGAUUGGUUUUCAUGUCGCCGAAGACGGGCAAGGUUGCCUAGAUGUAAAUGAAUGUGAUUUACAACCCUCGAAGUGUUUACAAGGAUGUUACAACACCAAUGGUUCAUUCCAAUGUUAUUGUCGACCUGGAUUCAAAUUAAAUGACGAUAAAAUUUCAUGUUCAGAAUGUGAAGAACCAUAUUUCGGGGAGGAUUGCAGUCAAAUAUGCACCUGUGGACAAGGCAUGAAACGAUGUGACCCCGUCACUGGGUGUGUGUGUAAACUUGGCUGGACUGGAGAGAACUGUACAGUCGAUAUCAAUGAGUGUGAAAAUAAUCAGGAUACAUACAUAUGUGGAAAUGAAAAGGUGUGCCAAAACCUGGAAGGGUCGUACACGUGCAAUUGUAAAGAAGGUUUUCAAAAGAAUGGGGAUAGUUGUGAAGAUAUUGAUGAAUGUUCAGAUAUAACUUUGAAUACAUGCGCAGAUGAUACCAACUGUCAGAAUCUUUAUGGAAAUUAUACUUGCAAUUGCAAACCAGGAUUUCAGAAAUAUGGUUCUCAUUGUGAAGAUGUUGAUGAAUGUGAAAAAGGCAUCGCUAACUGUCAGCAGAUUUGCAUUAACACCGUCGGUGGGUUUAACUGUGAGUGUGAAUUUGGAUAUGCUUUGGAUGACGUUAAAAGAAAAACAUGCGAAGAAGUGCUCGAUGUAUGUUCACUUUUUCCCGCAUUAAACUGCAGCUAUGGAUGUAUGUUUGAUGACAAAAAUUUCUACAAAGGAUAUUGUUUCUGUCCAUCAGGAUAUGAACUUGAUUUUGACAAUAGGACCUGUAAAGAUAUUGAUGAAUGCAAUGAAUCAAGCACCUGCCAACAUAAUUGCACAAACCUUCAAGGCUCCUUUGAGUGUGCUUGCGCCACUGGAUACUCAUUGGACAAUGAUGGAAUAUCAUGCAAAGAUAUAGAUGAAUGCCUUCAAGACUCGCAUUGUGAACAUUACUGUAAUAAUACAGAGGGUAGUUACGUAUGUGGUUGUCGGGACGGUUACAAGUUAGUUAAUUUCAGUAAAUGUGAGGACAUUGAUGAAUGCAGUACUAUAGAUACCGGGUGUCAGAACUGUACAAAUAUCCCAGGAAGCUUUCAUUGUUCGUGCUUUAAAGGAUAUGUUUUAAACAACAACACAAUUUCAAAUUGCACUAAAUGUCCAGAAGGCUACUACGGAGAAAACUGUCAAGAAGAGUGCAGUUGUGGACAAGGUUCUGAUAGAUGUGACCAUAUAACUGGUUGUUACUGUAAACCUGGGUGGACCGGCGCACUCUGUGAAACAGACAUCGAUGAAUGUAACAGUACAGACAAUCCAUGCAAUAGCUACACAGAGGAAUGUAUCAACAAUUACGGGUCCUUUAUAUGUAGAUGCAAAGAAGGAUUUACCAACAGCACAAAUGGCAGCUGCAAAGAUAUAGAUGAAUGUGUUCGAUACUCCCCUUGUGAACACAUCUGUAAUAACACUGACGGUAAUUAUGUGUGUAGUUGUCGGGACGGUUACAAUUUGGUUAACUACAGUAAAUGUGAAGACAUUGACGAAUGCAGUACUAUAGACACCGGUAUCGAUGGGUGUCAGAACUGUACAAAUACCCCUGGAAGCUUUCACUGUUCUUGUUCUGCCGGAUAUGCUUUAAAUUCCACAACAUUGACCAACUGCCACAAUAUUGAUGAAUGUAAGGAACAGACAGCUGACUGUGCCCUGAAUGCAACAUGUUCUGAUACAGACGGUGGAUAUACGUGUACCUGUAAACCAGGGUUUGAAGGAAAUGGAAAAACGUGCACAGAUAUAGAUGAAUGUGUUCGAUACUCCCCUUGUGAACACAUCUGUAAUAACACGGACGGUGGUUAUGUAUGUAGUUGUCGGGACGGUUACAAUUUGCUUAACUUCAGUAAAUGUGAAGACAUUGAUGAAUGCAGUACUGUAGACACCGGUAUCGAUGGGUGUCAGAACUGUACAAAUACUCCUGGAAGCUUUCGUUGUUCGUGCUUUGCCGGAUAUACAUUAAAUACCACAACAUUGACUAACUGUUACAAUAUCGAUGAAUGCAAGGAACAAACAGCUGAUUGUGCCCUGAAUGCAACAUGUUCUGAUACAGACGGUGGAUAUACGUGUACAUGUAAAUCGGGGUUUGAAGGAAAUGGAAAAAUAUGCACAGUGUGCCCGAAUUUCAAAUACGGUGUCAAUUGUUCAAACAAUUGUGCAUGCGUGCUGAACAACACCAAGCUUUGUGACCACGUGACAGGAGAAUGUGAGUGCAGUGUAGGGUGGACAGGAACUAAUUGCUCAGAAGACAUUGAUGAGUGCAAAAGUUGGUCAAUAAUUUGCAAUGAACCCAUCUUCCAAAUCUGUGUAAACACGGAGGGAUCGGCUCACUGCGAAUGUCGUUAUGGAGGAUCAGAUAUCUCUAACUGUGUCCCUCCUACACCACCUGAAAAUUCAAUCUGCCAGAAUUUUCGAUAUGGAGACAAUUGUUCAAAAGAUUGUGCAUGCGUACUGAACAACACCAAUUCUUGCCAUAACGUGACUGGAACAUGUGAUUGCAAAGAAGGGUGGAUAGGAACUGAUUGCUCAGAAGAUAACGAUGAGUGCAAAAAUGGAUUAAUUUCUUGCAAUGAAUCUAUCCAUCAAGUCUGCGUAAAUACCAAGGGCUCAGCUCACUGCGAAUGUCGUCAUGGAGGGACUGAUAUCUCUAAUUGUGUUGCUCCUAGACCUCCAGGAACUGCAGAUAUUAACGAAUAUAAAGUGAAACUGGAGAUAAGCUUCGAUUUUAACUAUACAAAGGAAAAUAUUCUCAGAAACACUGACAAGUGGAUAGUGGAAAUCACAUCACAGCUGGAGACAUUUUACAGAAAAGGUGUUCAAGGUUUCACUAGAGUAGAAUUUUUGUCUUUGCAAUUUGGAAGCGUGAUCGUUGAUCAUGAGAUCUACUCGAAUGGUACAGAGGAAACCCUUAAAGUUGACACUGCAAACAGCAUGGUCAAAUUGCUGCGACAAGAUGAAAAAAUCGUAUUGUUUAACCAAAGUGCUGAGGUCAAAAAAAUAUUUUUAUUCACAGAAAAUACCUCAGUAGAUCUCAACUCCUCCAUCAACCCUUGUCGUAUUUACACUGACGUGUGUUCGAGUGGUAAAACGUGUGUUGAUUCAUCGGGAGUAGCUUCUUGUGUAAACUCAAAUACAAAAGGUUGGACACUUUUCAUCAUCAUCGGAAUCGCUGUCCCAUUGUCGAUGGCAACUAUAGUUCUUGCAUUAGUGUAUGUUUGUAAAAAAGGAAGUUCUAAGCAAAAAAGUAAAAGUGUCAUUGGAUCAGAGAAUAACGACGUGAAGAACAAUAAAAAAAAAUCAUCAAGAGGCUACAAUAACCUGAGUUACUGGAAUUCAAUUGACGAUCUUUUGGAUCAACAAAAACAAUUUCGGAUAAAACGACCAACUACUGUGUAUUAAAAAGAACCUGGGAAUGAUGUGCAUAUGUCCUGAAAAAACUUUUUAUUAAACAUUUUACUAUUUUUCACUGAUUUCAAAUAUAUGUUUGUCCAUGUACAUGGUGUAGAAAGAAGGAAUGACUCGUGUAGUUUUAAUUCGAUAAAGAGGAAGUUGAUUGACAAUACGAUUUGGUAAUUCUUAUUAAGUUUUCUAAAAAAAGACGUGUUGAAGUGAUUUUGAUAUGUAAUAACUGAUUUGUUACAUUUUGUCCUUUGAAAUAAUACUGACGAUUCAAAGCUGUAAAGUUUUUCUCACUAAUUUUCAAUGAAUAAUAAUCCUGUACAUGUAAUAUUCAUUUGUGUUUGGUGUGUGUAUAUAAUAAAUGAAAGGAAAAUUU